UCGCGCAACUGGUCACAUCAAAUUCCGAAAAAUCGUCACUCAAAAGCAAAAAAGGAAAAAAUAGGAAAAUAGAAAAGACAGCAGAAAAAUAAUUUGGGCGAACAAAAAAAAAAACCAAAAGUGCAAAAGUCGUGUGGCACAAAAACAGAAGAACAAGAAGUAACGACUACAAACGACAACAGUAACAAUAACAAUGUCAGGCAACCGUCCCGAUAAAAAUCUAUUUGGCGAGCCCAAUUUCGAUUUGGAUAAUCCAUUUGCGGAUCCCGCCAUACAGCAGGCGACACGCAUGUCCACCAACGUGUCGCUGGAGGAUUACAAUCCGUUCGAGGAGCAGGCGAAGCCACAGCUGCAGAUCAACUCCACGAACACGGCGGCCGUGGUGCAGCCGCUGUCACAGAAUGUGCCGCCCCCGCAGCCAAGUUCGUUGGGCGCAUCGGCGCCCAGCACCAGCAUACAGAUCACAUCGGAGGAGCUGCAGCGUCGCCAGGAGGAACUCGAUCGCAAGGCCGCCGAACUGGAUCGACGCGAACAGCAGCUGCAGGGCAACGUGCCACAGUUGAACAAUUGGCCGCCGUUGCCCGAUAACUUCUGCUUGAAGCCUUGCUUCUAUCAAGACUUUGAGGUCGAAAUUCCGCCCGAGUUCCAAAAGCUGGUCAAGCACUUGUACUACAUCUGGAUGUUCUACACUAUGACGCUGUGCGCCAACAUUAUUGGAGGUCUCAUCUUGCUCUUCCAUGCGGGCAACAUUUCCAAUCUGUUCUUGGCCAUCUUCUACACUGUGCUCUUCACGCCCGCCUCCUACGUGUGCUGGUUUCGGCCGGCUUAUAAGGCAUUCCGCAACGAUUCGAGCUUCAAUUUUAUGGUCUUCUUUUUCGUGUACUUCUUUCAAACGGUUUACACGGUCGUCCAGGCCGUUGGCUUCAAUCAGCUGGGCUACUGUGGCUUCAUCACGGCCAUCUCGCAGUUCGAUAGCACAGCUGCGGGCAUCGUUGUCGGCCUGUUGCUGCUGAUCAUUGCGUUCUCGUUCGCCAUCACUGCGGGCGCUAAUGUGCUGAUGAUCAUGAAGAUCCAUUCGAUUUAUCGCAGCACUGGCGCCAGCAUGGACAAGGCCAAGGCUGAGUUUACCACAGAGUUUCUGCGCAAUCAGCAUGUCCAGGAGGCGGCCUCCUCAGCAGUCAGUUCGGCGGUGAAUUCACAGUUCAACAAUAGCAGAUACUAAACAGCAGCAGCAGCAACAGCAGCAGAAGCAGCAGCGGCAAGCAGUAAGCAGCAAUAAUCAAUCCGAUCAAUCAAUCAAGCAAACAAAGGAAGCAACCAACCAACCAAUCAAUCAACCAAACAAACAUAACAAGCACAGCAAGCAGAGCACAGUGAAGCAGUAAUCGGGAAGCAAAAACCAGACCAAGUUGAGCCACAAAAAAAAAAAAAUAAAACAAAAAAACAAUGAUAAACACCAGCGUAUAACAAACGUACACACACACAAGAAUAUAUAUACAAAUAUAUAUAUACAAAUAUAUAUAUCAAUAUAUAUUUCUAUAUAGACUUAAAAGCAAAAACAUAAAAGCAGCAACUAAAAACUAAUUGCUUUGUGCAUAAAACAAUUCCUACAAUGCCGUCGUCCUUAUUACAAUUAGCAACUACUGUAAUGACUAAUCUAUGAUAUAGAACACACACACACACACACACUUUAAACACACUCUUUAAUAAUCGAUUAUGAUGAAAUUAAUCUGCAAGCAACUGCAAUUUUGUAAACUGAUACUUAAACUACAAUACAACUUGGAAAUGGUAAUCGCAAAACAAAUGAGAAGAAAACAAAA